CCCCGCGCCGCGCUACUCGCGGGGAAGGAGGCGCCGGAGGCAGCCGCUCUCUCCGCCGCUCCGGUGCGCUGCUGCCUUCCCAUCGCGGUGGGCUCUGCCGUCCCCGACCGGCCGCGGCCCCUGCCGGGCGGCGGCUCCCGUCCUCCGCCUCUCCUCCGCGGGGGCAGCCCGGCCCCGGGGACCCAGCCCGGGGGCUCCCUCGCGGAGCUGGUGAGGACACUCAACUUUGCCUCCUCGCCGUCUCCCCCGCCGGGGACGACCCCGCGUCCCCCCGCCCGGCCGCGCGCCAGGGACGGGGAGCCCCCCCCAGCCCAGCGCGCAGCAAGUGGGGUACGGCCCUGGGCGAGUGGCAGGGGGCCGAGGCGGCUGCUGCCUCCACUUUCCUGGCCGGGCGCUGAAGAGGACCCCGAGACCUCUCCGGGGCUCCGGGCGCCGGAUAGCUGGCCCGAGGAGCGCGCGUCCCACCGGGGCCGUCUUAGUGUCCAGUGCGCUGUGCAGUCAGGAUAAAGAGAGGCUGACCCUUUCCCACAUUGUAGCUCGGGGUAUGAGAAGGAGAACCGGGGCGAGUCAGUGUUGGAGUGUGAGAGUUGAGCUCCAGUGAGCAGAUGGCUGUGGAUCCUUAGUGUGAUACAUGAUCCAAGAAACACUCCAGCCUUUUCCUCCUUGGCACUUUUCCCACAUGACGGGAGGACAAGCUUCUGGUUAGAAGACAAGCGCAGAGCCCAAGCUCUCCUGCCCACCAUGAAGGGCCCCUGUGUCAUCGCGUGGCUGUUCUCCAGCCUGGGCUGGUGGAGACUGGCCCAGCCCACGACAGACGCUUCUCAGUGCCAGAGAGCGGAGCACCCGGUCAUUUCCUAUAAAGAAAUUGGCCCCUGGUUACGGGAGUUCAGAGCGAAGAAUGCUGUGGAUUUCUCGCAGUUAACAUUUGACCCAGGACAGAAAGAACUUGUUGUAGGAGCAAGAAACUACCUCUUCAGGUUACAGCUCGACGAUUUGUCUCUGAUCCAGGCUGAGGAGUGGGAGUGUGAUGAAGCGACCAAGAAGGCCUGUUACAGUAAGGGCAAAUCGGAGGAUGAAUGUCAGAACUACAUCCGGGUGCUUUUAGUAGCUGGCGACUGGCUAUUUACCUGUGGGACCCAUGCUUUCACGCCCGUCUGCAGCAAUCGCACGUUGAGUAACCUGACGGAGAUCCAUGACGUGAUCAGUGGUAUGGCCCGCUGUCCCUACAGCCCCCAGCACAAUUCCACGGCUCUCCUCACUGCCAGCGGGGAGCUGUAUGCUGCCACAGCCAUGGAUUUCCCCGGACGCGAUCCCGCCAUUUACCGAAGCCUGGGCCUCUUGCCUCCUCUCCGUACAGCCCAGUACAACUCCAAGUGGCUUAAUGAACCAAACUUCGUGUCAUCUUAUGCCAUCGGGAAUUUCACCUACUUCUUUUUCCGAGAAAACGCUGUGGAGCAUGACUGUGGGAAGACCGUGUUCUCCAGAGCUGCCCGGGUCUGCAAGAACGACGUGGGGGGGCGGUUCCUGCUGGAGGACACCUGGACCACCUUCAUGAAGGCCCGCCUCAACUGCUCCCGCCCCGGGGAGGUGCCCUUCUACUACAACGAGCUGCAGGGCACCUUCUUCCUGACCGAGCUUGAUUUGAUCUAUGGCAUCUUCACCACCAAUGUGAACAGCAUUGCUGCAUCGGCCGUGUGCGUCUUCAACCUGAGCGCCAUCUCGCAGGCCUUCAACGGGCCCUUCAAGUACCAGGAGAACUCACGCUCCGCCUGGCUGCCAUAUCCCAACCCCAACCCCAACUUCCAGUGUGGUACGGUGGACCAGGGAAUGUACGUGAGCCUGACAGAAAGGAACCUGCAGGACGCUCAGAAGUUCAUCCUGAUGCAGGAGGUGGUGCAGCCCGUGACUUCAGUGCCGGCCUUCAUGGAGGACAACAGCCGCUUCUCCCACAUCGCCGUCGACCUGGUCCAGGGCAGGGAUGCCCUCAUCCACACCAUCUACUUGGCCACAGAUUACGGCACCAUUAAGAAGGUGCGGGCGCCGCUGACGGCGAGCUCGGGGAGCUGCGUGCUGGAAGAGAUCGAGCUCUUCCCGGAGAGGCGGCGGGAGCCCGUCCGGAGCCUGCAGAUCCUGCACAGCCAGAGCGUCCUGUUCGUGGGCCUGCGGGAGCACGUGGCCCGGAUCCCGCUGAAGAGGUGCCCGUUCCACCGCACGCGCAGUGCCUGCAUCGGGGCCCAGGACCCUUACUGUGGCUGGGAUGUGGUGAUGAAGAAGUGCACCAGCCUGGAGGAGAGCCUGAGCAUGACUCAGUGGGAGCAGCCGCUCUCCACCUGUCCUACGAGGAACCUCACUGUGGAUGGGCACUUUGGUUCGUGGUCCCCAUGGACUCCUUGCACGCACACGGAUGGCAGCGCCGUGGGAACCUGCCUCUGUCGCACCCGCGCUUGUGACAGCCCGGCCCCCCAGUGUGGCGGCUGGCAGUGCACAGGCCCCCGCAUGGAGAUCACCAACUGCUCCAGGAAUGGAGGCUGGACCCCCUGGACCUCCUGGUCUCCCUGCAGCACCACCUGUGGGAUCGGCUUCCAGGUGCGCCAGCGGUCCUGCAGCAACCCCACGCCCCGGCACGGGGGCAGGGUGUGCGUGGGACAGAACCGGGAGGAAAGAUACUGCAAUGAGCACCUGCUGUGCCCCCCACACGUGUUCUGGACGGGCUGGGGUCCGUGGGAGCGGUGCACAGCCCAGUGCGGGGGCGGCAUCCAGGCUCGCCGCAGGACUUGCGAGAAUGGACCAGACUGCGCCGGCUGCAACGUGGAGUACCAGCCUUGUAAUACCAACCCCUGCCCUGAGCUGAAGAAGACCACUCCCUGGACACCCUGGACGCCUGUCAAUAUCUCUGACAACGGUGGCCACUAUGAGCAGCGAUUUCGGUACACGUGCAAAGCCCGCCUCCCCGAUCCAAACUUGCUGGAAGUGGGAAGACAGAGGAUUGAAAUGCGGUACUGCUCCAGCGAUGGGACCAGCGGCUGCUCCACGGAUGGUCUGUCUGGGGAUUUCAUGCGUGCCGGGAGAUACUCUGCCCACACCGUCAACGGGGCCUGGUCAGCCUGGACGUCGUGGUCCCAGUGCAGCCGAGACUGCAGCAGGGGCAUUCGGAACCGGAAGCGCGUUUGCAACAACCCUGAGCCCAAGUAUGGGGGCAUGCCCUGCCUGGGCCCGUCCCUGGAAUACCAGGAGUGCAACAUUCUGCCCUGCCCAGUGGAUGGCGUGUGGUCUUGCUGGUCCUCCUGGUCCAAAUGCUCAGCGACGUGUGGCGGUGGACACUACAUGAGGACCCGCUCCUGCACAAACCCAGCGCCAGCCUAUGGCGGGGACAUCUGCCUGGGGCUGCACACGGAGGAGGCGCUCUGCAACACGCAGCCCUGCCCCGAGAGCUGGUCGGAGUGGUCAGACUGGUCGGAGUGUGAUGUGUCUGGAGUCCAGGUCCGCGCCCGCCAGUGCAUCCUUCUGUUCCCCGUGGGCAGCCAGUGUUCCGGAAACAGCACAGAGAGCCGGCCAUGUAUAUUUGAUUCCAAUUUCAUCCCAGAAGUAUCUGUGGCAAGAUCCAGUAGCGUAGAAGAGAAAAGGUGUGGGGAGUUCAACAUGUUCCACAUGGUCGCUGUGGGGCUGAGCAGCUCCAUCCUGGGCUGCCUGCUCACGCUCCUCGUCUACACCUACUGCCAGCGGUACCAGCAGCAAUCCCACGAUGCCACAGUCAUCCACCCCAUCGCGCCAGCCCCGCUCAACACCAGCAUCACCAACCACAUCAACAAACUGGACAAGUAUGACUCGGUGGAAGCCAUCAAGGCAUUUAAUAAAAACAACUUGAUCCUAGAGGAGAGAAACAAAUACUUCAACCCACAUCUCACUGGGAAGACUUAUUCUAAUGCCUACUUUACAGAUCUCAACAAUUAUGAUGAGUACUAAUAACUCUUAUAUUUUUUUGGCUUCUUGUAAUUCCCUGGUUCCUCAAGGCCUGUGCUCCAUGUCUGCCCAUGUUUUGGAAACUUCAGAGAUGAAGUCUGGAUACAUUUCAAGUGCAUUUCAAGCCAGGAGUGUCCCAUUGCUGCCCAAAAUAGAUGUCCUUAAAAGCAACAAAAGUCUAAAUAUGACAAUGUGAAAAUCUGGUCUACAGUACUUGUUGAAUGAGCCAUGGUGUGGAGUUUUGUGUUUUUUGUGUUUGUUUUUUUAAAAUUUUAUUGUGUUCAGUCCAUUUUUCUAACAACUCAAUUGUUUCCUUGAGCUUUUUAAUAAAUGCACCCACCUACAUUGGAAUGAGUCUUUAGAAAAAGGAACCUCUUCUUGCUUUUGAGCAUAUAUCUUCAUGAUGUUUUAAUUCAAGAAAAUAUUUCACUUUAUAUGGGAAUACCCCUAGAAUACCACACAUACACAUAUACACACAGCAAGAGUGCUUAAGUCCAUAGUAUUGCUAAAAUGAAGAAUAUGAAUGUGGCCAUACAGUGAUUCACCAUGGAUCUCCAUCUUACCGAUCUGGAGAAUACUGUACAAUUCUUAGAAGCAACUUGUGUGUUUGGAUGUGGAAUGAUUCUUGCCUGAGGAAGCUCAGGAUGCAACCUGGCUUGCAUCUGCAGAGGCAGUUACAGAAGGUCUGAGACAUUCCACCGUGGUCUUCAUGAAUUUCCUGUAUUACUACUCGGGGAGGUGAACGAAAGGAGCGGAGGCACAGACGUGACGAAGGGGAAAUUGUUCUGCAGGUUGCUGUGAAACUAGCCUUAUUCUGACUUUUGGAUUUCAUGGCAUUCCAGGGAGCUUCCGGCUGCACCGUUGGCCUGAGCGCCCAUCUGUCUGGUCCAUUGUAACAUCCUGAAGAGCCAGUCUGUAAAGUAACCAUGUGUUUAGCAUUUGGAUAGACUCUACGCCUCCUCUCUCCUGCAAAGAAAAAAUCUUGAACAUUAAUGAUGACACUGAAGAAAGUAUUGAAAGUACUCAAAUAUGAUUGAAAACAACUUUUUAAAAUUUUCCAUGCUUUGGACAGUAUUGAGGAGACUGACAUUUAUUGAAAGUCAACUUUUAUUUCCCAGUAUUGAUAGAACUGAUUGUGGUGACAUGCCCCUACCAAGAGCAUUAAUUAUAUGUAAAGCUCGCUCUCUGCCACCCAUUGCUGUACAUAGUGAACUGCUCCCCAAAUUCCCAGCUGUCAUUGCUGCCUCCGGGUCAGGUGAGGGGGAGAUAUUUAGCUCUGGUGCCUUUUGGUUUUAAUCUAGUGUUGCCUUCCCAUCCACUAACUCCCACUUCUCCUUGCAUGGAGGCGACAACAUUUCAAGAUAUACCUUGAGAAAUCAGGGUAUCUGGAUAUGAGGUUUGUAAUGAUCCUUGUGGUUCUGAGCAUUUUAGAGUGCUCUACAAUUCAGACUGGUCCUUGGUAAGGAAAAAAAAAAAGAGGAUAAAUUAUUCAUCAACAACUGAUGCAUAACACAUGACAGUUGGUUGAAUAAUUACUGAAAGUGGGAACAAGAUUGAAAGUCAUCAUUGAAUGCCUCGGGGCAUUGCUAUAAAGGUGUGGGUGGACAUUGAAAUAUGUUCUUAUUGAUCAAUGAACCUUCAGAUCUGUGAAACUAUAUAGUAUGGGCAUUGAGGAACAUAGACUUAUUAGCAUAUGUGUAUUUUUUACCCUACCUGAUUUGAAGAAACAGUUUCAUAAAGUGUUGGGAAAAUCUUAUGUUCAGUAAUAUUGAAUUUGAAAUAUUCUCACAAUUCCAUAUUUGCAAAAAAAUGGCUUUAAAAUAAAAUAUAAAUGCCAGGUGGGCUCUGGGAGGCCUGGUAGAUUUGUAAAUGAAUGGUGUUCCAGGUCUUUGCUAUGGGGAGUUCAGGCUGCAUCCCAUGUAUUCCUUCUAUGCGGUGUAGGGUUGCUCUCUCUACUCAAAGUCCACAUUCCAGAGGUGUGAUGCAGCCAAAAGGUUCCCAAUUGUUCUCUGGAUUCUUCAACUCAUAUCAUCACUCUUCUGUAAGAAAAAUGAUCUCAUUGUGUAUCACCUUAUCUGCUAUUCUGAACCCCCCACCCCCAUAUUUCCGAAACU